CCACGCUACUCUAUAACUCUACUACAGCCGCCAUUACUGUGAAACCACCUGCUAUCACCAAGUGACAAACAUUCCUACCUGUGGAUUACAGUGAGCCAAGGACCGUUGUGAUAAGUGAAGUCCCCUGUGUGGUGAUAAUUGCCUCGUGACAGAAUAAUAACAAUUUCGCUCACAGUGGUGCCUGUUAACUAUUUUAUGGUCUGUACAGUGCGUCUAUUGUUGUGUGCGCGUCUACUAAUCUCCUAUUCACCUGUCAGUACGCCACCGAGUGCGGUUAUACCGUGAAAUGUGAAAAAAAAAUGCAUUGAGUUGCUCAUAGGGUUGUGGAUUCAUCGUUGGCAAACUUCGCGGGCGGACUACCUGACUACUGCACCGGAGGGAGGGUUGGACUCGUCCGCCGACCCAUCGGGCGACCGCCGCCUUGGAUCACAUGAGCCAACAUGUCAGAAAACUCUGGAUCAGUAAUUCCUAGAGCAUCGACACCAAGACCGGUCACUGAUGCUCCUGCAAACCCCCCUCUUAGAUCCAGACAUGAUCAGUUCCUUGCCAGUUCAGCUGAGAGAGCUAACCAAGCCAGACAAUCUUCAACAGGAAGAAACACUGCAAAUUUUGACUCACCACCGUUGCCAUAUCAUCGACAGAUAACAACUGGUUCCUUAUUAACUUCAUCUCAUAGAGAGACUUCAGCAUUUGUUCCUGUUGUACCAACUAGAGCGAUCCAUCCAGUCAUGUACCCAAACGACAUGCAUCCAGCACUAAUGCCAUCAGAAAUUAUUGAAAGAGACAGAAUGAUGGAAAGAGAACGCACAGACACGUCUGCUAAGGGUUCCCCUGACAGAGCAUCAGGAAGUUUUCAGAAAAGAAAUUCCUUCGAUUUAAUGGCAAUGAUGGUUGAAAAAAGAAAAGAGGUUGCGUUACGAGAAGCUGCUGCAGCAAUGUUGAUGCCACACCAUAGAACCUCGUCAAUUGAAGGCAUGAUGUCAGAUGGAUCUUCCCAACCUCCUAUAUACGGUCCACCAGGUGCAUUCUUGGGAGCGCCGGGACCGUCGCCUACUGCAGCAGGAACAUUUACUUUUCCUGGCGCUGGCUUGUUUCCACCAGGCGCUGGGCCACAUCAAAUGCAUCCUCAUUUGGACAGACGGCUUUUAAGAGCUCCUGGACGAGCAUCAAGGCCUAAAAAACAAUUCAUAUGCAAAUUCUGUAAUCGUCAAUUCACAAAAUCCUACAACUUACUAAUCCACGAGAGAACGCAUACAGACGAAAGGCCAUACUCCUGCGAUAUCUGCGGAAAAGCAUUCAGAAGACAAGACCACUUGCGUGACCACAGAUACAUCCAUUCGAAAGAAAAGCCGUUCAAAUGUACAGAAUGUGGGAAAGGAUUCUGUCAGUCGCGGACCCUGGCGGUUCACAAGAUCCUGCACAUGGAAGAGUCUCCUCACAAGUGCCCUGUCUGCAGCCGGAGCUUCAACCAGCGAUCGAACUUAAAAACCCACCUACUAACACACACUGAUCACAAACCAUACGAGUGCAAUUCCUGUGGCAAGGUUUUCCGAAGGAACUGUGACCUGAGACGUCAUGCGCUUACUCAUGCAGUGGGUGAUGUGCCUCCAGGCGAUGUCUUAGAUGUCGGUGAAGAGGAUAUAGGACGUCCUGGAUCUCCGAUUGAACCAGGGUUUGAUGAAGACGACGGCGAACUAUCGUCACCGGACCACUCUCCUGUCAGACGAGCGCGAUCCUCCUCGAUUGAAAGUAUUGGUCGCGAACAAAGCGAGGAGCGGCCGAGACAGCCAUCACCAUCCCCAGUGGAGCGCACUCAUUGCCAUCACAAUGAACCGAGAGACCGAGCUAGCCCUUACACUAUGCGUCCCCAACACCCUGAAAAAUACCAACACAUGCCUUCGGAUUUGGUCUACGAGAAACGAAGAUACACAUCGGAAGAAAUAAUAGAAAAGGAGAUGCGUUACUCAGAUAUGCCGGAGCAAGUGAGACACCCACAGUUGCAGAUCCGCCGUGAUCUACACCAAGUUGUUCCACCGGAUCCUUCUAAGAUGGGUCCGAUGACCAGCCCACCGAUAGACACGGGACCUGCGGGAAUGUUUUUGAGUCCAUUCAGAAAACGAAGCCAUCCACCAGAUGUGAGAGAAAAUGUGAGGACUUGCGCAGCGGUGUACCGCAGCCGAUCCCCUGAGCCUACCAACCUGACGAUGCCCCGACAAACUAUUGGAAAUCCCGAAAUGGGUGUUGGGGUUGGACUACCACCAACAAUGAUUGGAAUGUCAACUUACCACAAGUUUGGAAUACCUAUGCCCCCGCCACAUUCGCAUUUGGGCUAUCCGGGUCCGGUGCCUCACACGGUCCUCGGCCCGCAGCAGACUCAGGCACAAGACUUGAUAGUGAAGCAUGCACCACCGAAAGAUACUGCUCCAAGUACAUCGACAACUGUCACCAGCUGCACGGACCUGCCUCAGGCUAAUGACAAGGAGCCUGAUGAGGCUAGAGCCUCCACUUCUAUUACUGAAGGUAUCAAAAAUAUUGUUGGCAUCCAGCCAAAUCUAAACCCCAAGCCAAGCACCAGCCAAUCCAGUGGACCCAAGAAAGGAUUUAGCAUAGAAGAUAUUAUGCGACGCUGAUAUGUCAUGGAUAGUUUAGAAAAACGUAUUGGUAAAGUAAGGAUAACUAUUAACUGUGGAAUAUAGGAUUAAAGAUAGAUAGCUCAAGGUUGAAUCAGCAGGUUUGUUAAGUAUUUGUAAAGUACGUUGAUUCAGCUUGGCAAAUAGAGGUAUGUAUGAUGUAUGUAUUUGCAAUGUGGAUUUGGUUUUCGUAAAGAUCUCAUAAGGUUUGUUUGUGCAGUGUUUUGUUUACCUCCAAAUUUUAAAAAUUAGUUUAUCAAAAUUUUAGUUAUAUUGAUUAUAUUGUUUCAUUUAAAAAUGCAUAAUUGUUAUUAUUAUGGCAUAGUUACUAUAUAUAUUAAAGGAAACAAAGCAAAGGUUUUUGACGAAAGUUAAUUUUGGAAUUCAUUACUGCUAAUAAUAUCACUGUGACUUUUGCUACUAGUAGGAUAGUAAUGUAAUUUUAUUAUGACUGGUUACUAUGCUAUUUUUAAUGUGUUAUUUAUUAUUUAGAUAAUAUUUUAUACGUAAUUUAGUAAGUAUUGAUGUUCAGAAGUAACAUAAUAUAGGAAUGUUUAAAUUGUUAGUGAUAGCAUGUGAUGCAUAUUAAGAUGCGAUUUUAUGUGUAAUUUAAUGUGACAAUCAUUAUGAUUUUAUAAACUUAUGUUAUAUAAGAAUUUACUGUAAGCCCUAAGUAAUUAAAAUAUUGACUAGCUAGACUAUGUACGACUGUAAUGAUCUUGAAUCUGAAAUGCUAAUAUUUGGUUUUAUUUAAGUUAAAGAGAUUGUAUCUAAGUACUUAAACUUUGAAAUGUAUUUCUUAAUGGUCGUUUUAACACAUAUUUGAUACACUUAAGUUUAGCGCUUAUUGUUGCUCAGUUAAUUAAGUGCAUAAAAUAAAUAAGUUAUGCCCUAAAA